UUCCACUGUCUAGUGUCAACAGAACCCUCCAAUACUCAUGCUACACUACCAAAAUUAGAAUAAUUUCCUUCAAACCCUCUAAAAUUCACAACCAAUAUUUUCAAGCGUUCAAACAAAUCGAGAACAAAUUGUCCAAAUUAUUGGUAACAAAUAGGGAGUAACAAUCAUGCCUCCACAACAAUUUGGAAGAAAUAAAAGAUGAAUGUUCGUCCUUGAAGCUCUUGGAGCACAACAAUGGCGGCGAGAUCGGAAAGGCGAACCGAUCUCCACAUUAUGUCGAAGAGAUGGAAAGACCCAGACCUCAGCCCGGAGCCGCCGCGCCGGAGAGCCGCCGUGGUCUACUACCUCUCUCGAAAUGGCCACCUCCAGCACCCCCAUUUCAUGGAGGUCCCGUUCUCGUCCUCCCGAGGUCUCUAUCUCAGAGAUGUGAUUUAUCGCUUGAAUUCGUUGCGGGGAAAGGGAAUGGCGUCGCUGUAUUCAUGGUCUGCCAAAAGGAGAUACAAGAACGGGUUUGUGUGGCAAGAUUUGGCGGAGGGCGAUUUCAUACACCCGACUUCCGAUGAAGAGUACGUCCUCAAGGGAUCGGAGAUUCUGGACGGAAUAUUGACUCCGGGCGGCGAGGAAUUUGAACUUCCGGCGGCGAAGGGUCAUCGUGAUAAACCGCUGCUGGGAUCCGUGGAAGAAGAAGAAGAGGACCGGGAGGAGGCGUUGAACCGGAGUCAGAGAACGGAGCUGAGCGGAGGGGAAAUAUCGCCGUCGGGGUCAAGUCCGGAAACGCUGGAGAGGUUGAUGAAGGCCGGUGGCAGGGUGAUCUUGGUCAACGAAAGUCAAACUGAGGCUAAAUUUGAAACUUCAGUUAAUACCACCAAGUUUUCUUGUUUUAAAUUGGGAUCCCUUUUCUUGUUUUAAUCUUUUCUCUUUUUUCUUUUUUCUUUUUGAAUUAUUUUAAAUAAACUUUUUAUCCUUUGAAAAGAAUGAAAUAUAUGGUCCAUAUUAAUCUUUUUAGCAUUUAUAAUCUCGACUCAAUAAUUACAUUGUUUUAAGUAGAAAACAAAUGAAAAGAUUAAUAAUUU